AUGAGUGGCCUGAGCAGUCGAUCGUUGUAUGGGACGGGUCGCACGACAUCAUCGUCGUCGUCUUCGACGAGUUCUACUCCGCCGGGAACAGGGAGUCUGAGUCCGCCAUCGCCGUCGGUUUCGAUGUCUCUGGUCCCGCGGGCAUCCAUCGUAUCGAUUGCCUCAUCGUCGUCGAUGGUCCUGGCGCAACGACGAUCGAGUCAUGUUGGUCGAGAUGCCGUAACCAAGGCUGCUACCAAACUGAACGAACUGAUGAGUCAUGGUGGCAUCUUCUUCUCGUGUGGGUCGCCCAGGGUCGGGCAGGACGACGAACUCUUGUUGGAAGAAAUCGCCUCGAUGCGGACGGGACGACAGAGAUCGCUGUUGGACGCCGGCGACAGCAACGACGGCGGUGGCGGCAUAGAAGUGGAUUCGGAGAACUCCCUUCGACCUGCCUAUGAGCUAUAUCGAGUAUAG